AUGGCGGGACCCGGUGAAGCAGCUGCGAGACUCGCAGGCGACUACAAAGCCCGGAAAGAGGCGUUCGUGUCCAAUCUUUCCGGAAGCUCCAUCACCGAGAUCAACAUUGUCACCUCUGUCGUCCCAGCUGCCAUCCUCCUAUGGACCGCGUUGCAACGGAGUCAAUCAUUCUUCACGCCCUACAGUCCUCUAGCGUUCGCCGUUGACUUCCUGCUCAAUGUAUGUGCUGUCCUCUUUGCAUUCACGAUCUACAGCUCAGCACCACUUGCGUUGAGUGUGUUCUUGGUGGCACCUGCCGUUCUGCUUCUCACCCUACAAUCACCAAAGGAAGCUGCGCCCAAUGGGACAGCUAAGAAAGGCAAGUCCGAAGGGGCGGACACGCAGAGCUUCAAGUCGAAGCUAGUACCCCGGCCAUUCCUGACGCACUACCGCGGCACGAUGAUGAUUAUGACGGUCGUUGCGAUCCUCGCUGUGGACUUUCCCAUCUUUCCACGACGCUUUGCCAAGGUCGAGACUUGGGGUACUUCAUUGAUGGACAUUGGCGUUGGCUCAUUUGUGUUCGCCGCGGGAGUUGUCUCAGCUCGAGAGCUGUAUAAGUCGAGCGACGCUGCGAAGCCAUCUCUUGCAAUGCGGCUCGUCCAGUCCUUGCGCCAUUCAGUACCUCUCCUGCUACUGGGCAUCAUUCGAUUGAUUUCGGUCAAAGGCGUCGACUAUGCAGAACACGUCACCGAAUAUGGCGUGCACUGGAACUUCUUCUUCACCCUUGGCUGCCUCCCGCCCUUUGUCGUCUUGGCCGAUGCUGUCGCGUUCCUGCACUCAAAAUUUCCGCCAGCGACUUACGCUCUCGUCGCCUUCGCAAUAUCAGCUGUCUACGAGUUGCUUCUCAACGAGACACGCCUCCUAGCCUUCAUACUCACAGCACCACGCGUCGACUUGCUGUCUCAGAAUCGCGAAGGCAUCUUUUCAUUCAUCGGCUAUCUCGCUAUCUAUCUGAACGGGCGAAGCACAGGCGCGGACAUCCUGCCGUAUCGCAUACCACCCAAGGCACGGGAAAUGCUCAAACGAGGUGCUCCGCAAGUCUGUGUCGAGCGCUCCCAUAUAUUCUUCAGCUUAGCUUUCCUGACCGGCAUCAACAUCGUAGUAUACCUGCUGGCCACGAGCUACUAUGGAUUCAAUAUCCGCCCCUCCAGGCGACUGGCGAACCUGCCGUAUGUGUACUGGAUAGGGGCUUUCAACACAUUCCAGAUCGGUGUAUUCGCCUUCAUUGAGUCGCUCGGUCCGGCAUUCUCAUACCGUGAAGGGCCAGAAGAUCGACAAAGUCUGAAGAAGGCAACGAGUAAAGUACUCGCAGUCUUCAACUCGAACGGGUUGGUCGUGUUCCUUGUCGCAAAUCUGCUGACAGGCGUGGUUAAUUUGAGCGUCAACACGCUGGACAUGGGCAGUCUGCCUGCUAUGGCUGUGCUGAUCACGUAUGCGGCUGCUGUGACUGGGGUGGCAAUGACGAUGGAUCAUACUGGGAUCAAGAUCAGACUUUGA